AAAAAGAUACUCGACCAAUAAAAGACAGAGUCGGCGGCGCGAUUGCAAAGGGGAUCGGCGAUCAGAACAAGAAGAUGAGUGCGGGUGUGGAGAAGCCAAACAACAAAAGGGCCACGGCGGCCGAUCCGACCAGCCGAGGCGAUGCCGACGCCAAGAGGACGAAAAGGAAUCUGGGGAGCGACGGGGAAGAUACUCUGUCGCCUGGUUCCGUCGACCAUGCGUACGCCCUUGUCUUUGCCAAGAUUGCACAAGACGAAAUAGACCAAGAGUCAGCUCCCCGCCCUGUGCAAAUUCCUACAAUCGCUUACUUCAAACCUCCGAUCUUGUUUCACACUGAUGAGCUCUUUUCUGUCCGUCGGUCUGGAACAAAGGCCGUGCUCUCGGCAGCCAAAUUUCUUCUAGGGGUUUCAUCCUCUCUCGAUGGUGAACCGCUAAGACGGUGCUCUGGCUUCUGGAUUGAUUGGGAUGAGGAGAGCAAAACCGGCCUUGUUCUGACAACCGCGCGGCUGAUUCGCACAAAGGAUGCUCCUGUCAGCGUCUGGUCAGGCGGUGAAGAGUAUGCUACAAACGCUGAUGUCACUGUUCAUUUGCUAAAUGGCACCAGUGCAAAGGGCCAGCUGGUCUAUCACCAGCCCCACUACGAUCUCGCUUUCCUGAAUGUUCAGAUGGAUCAACCAAUCAAGUUACCAUCUUUUAAUGAAAAAGAUGUAGAAUUUGCUCAAAAGAUUUUUCGACUUGGAAGAGACAAUGCCUUAAAUCUAAGGAUAACAUAUGCUAGAGCAGAAUAUCUGAAUCCAAGCAUGUAUGAACGGUACCACAAUAUAUAUUUCCGUUCUCCAGAUGGCCAUGGCGAUGAUAAUGAGUAUGACAAUGGGGGGCCAGUUAUUGACUUGGGUGGAAAAGUGGUCGGAAUGGUCAAUGACCCUGAGAGAUUUGAGUCUUUUAUACCUUCUUCCAUUGUGCUCAAUUGUUUGGAUUCAUGGAGGAAAUAUCAGCAUUUCGCCCGGCCCCAUCUUGGAAUGACGUUUAACGCCAUCGAACUUCUAGAACCUUCUCAUGUUGACAUGUUAUGGCGUAUGUAUAACAUUGAUGACGGUCUUGUCGUUCAAGAGGUGUCAAAAGGAUCUAAUGCUGAGAUACUCGGAAUCCAAAAAGGUGAUGUUAUUGAAUCUAUCAAUGGGAAACGUGUUUCUACAACAAUUGAGUUCGAAAAUAUGCUGAUGAGCACAUGCAAGGUCCCUUCAGAUGUUGAAGUUCAUAUUUCUGUUGGGGUGUUUCACACACUCAAAAAAGAACGAAGCACCAUAGAGUUGACUGCAAAUUUAUCCGAACUUGGAGAAGUCAUUACAAGCUAGGUCCUACAGGCUGCCAGAUUGAGGACGGAUGUUUCUAUAGUGUGGUAUACUAUGAUGGAUACUUACCUGUGACCAUAUGUAGUAUGCUAGAUAUAUUAGAAAUAACAUCUUUAUCUGUAGUUUAGUGCCUUGGUUCUCCAAAGUAGAAGCUCCUUGUGAGAUUUUCUGUACUCCUUAUUGAAAGCCCUAUUAGUGCCCGACGAAGUGUUGUUUGUUGCCUUAUCUCAUUUUCAGUACACUACAGCUAAGACAAGGGGAUGUGGU